AUGGACUCUAAGGAAAAUAGCCAAGUGUUUAACUGGAAAGUAGAACAAUCACAAUCUCGCAAAGCAUUCGUUUCAUCAGAGUUCAAGUUUGUCAAGAACGGAGUAAGCCGCUUGGAUUUUUUAAUUUUUUUUUCCAGAAACCCACUUCUGUUAAGCUGAAUUUGGACCUCGCAGACCUUGAACGUCUCACCUCCGCCUUUGAGGCUAUUCAAAAGGAGCUGGAAGGCCUUAGAAAGGAUGGUCAUUGA